GCACGCACGCUAGCCUUCCUCUCUCCCGAAAACUACCGGACUGUUUUCCGGCAGCAACUCACACCAUGACUCCGGGAACUUUAAUUCUUGAGUGCUUUGCUCUGGUUCUGUUGUGCUUUGUGGAACGAUUGUCCGCUUUCGGGUAUUACAGUCACAGUGAAAGUCAUCAAGGAGAUGGAGCUAAUAAGCUCCUGUUAAUUUUAGUGGAUGGUUGUCGAUGGGAUUAUCCGGAUCAGGACAGUGCCGGACUUCCAGGAUUCAGGAAACUAGCUGAGAAUGGAGUCCGGGCACCGUACGUGACCCCAAUUUUUCCGUCUAAUUCAUAUCCGAAUUGGUAUACAAUUAUGACAGGACUGUAUGCGGAGAGCCACAGCUUUGUGCAGAACAUGAUGUAUGACCCUCAUUUCGGUGACUUCUUCUUAAUGGGCCCUAAUGACACAGCCUCGGUUCCGCAUUGGUGGGACAGUGCGGAACCUUUGUGGAUUACUGCGGAAAAGAAAGGACUGCGCUCGGCGCUCUACUGGUGGGAUGGAUGUCAGGUUGAAAUACGCGGCAGAAAACCUACAUUUUGUCGCAAAUACAAAUACGUGGGAUACGCUUGGCCCACAGUCAACGAAGAUACUCGAGAAGCUCUAUUAUCUGCUCUUCAGUUAUUGGGCAAUAAUGAAAUGCAAUUAGUACAGAUUUAUUAUGAACCAGUGGAUUUCUAUGGUCACAAAUACGGCCCAAAUUCUAUAGAGAGAAAAAAAGCGGUAAAGGAUAUCGACGAUCUGUUGGAUUUAGUGCAGAGAGAAAUGGCAGGUAGAGGGCUCUUGAAUAAGGUUAAUCUGGUGGUUGUAUCGGAUCAUGGAAUGACAUCUACAGAUUCCAGAGGAUUAAGUGUGAUCAAUUUGCAACAGCUCAUAGACAUGGACGAUAUUCAAUACAUGAUUUAUUACGGGGCGACUAGCAUGCUACUGCCUUACGAAGGCAAACUGGAAAAAGUAUACGAUGCUCUGAAAGGCAUUCCAGGCCUGCAUGUUUAUUUGAAGAGGGAAAUACCAGAGCAUUAUCAUAUAAAACACAACAGACUAGUAUUACCAAUUCUUCUAGUGGCUUCCAAAAAUUAUUAUAUUCGAGGAUUGGAUAUUCCAGGGAAAAGUAUUCCAACAGGAUCUUCCAUAUCACUCGGGUCCCAUGGAUACGAUCCAUACGAAGUUCCUGAUAUGAGGGGUAUAUUCUUUGCCCGAGGACCAGGUCUGAAAAAGAACUAUAUAUCACCUCCUCUUCAAAUGGUGGAUAUUUAUGGCAUUUUAUGUGAACUUUUAGGCAUUCAGCCGUUGCCAAAUAAUGGCACAAAAAGCGUAACAAAAGGAAUCGUUGCUCUUCCCCUUUCUUCAGCAAAUAGACUUUCCCAAGCCAGUGUGGACGUUACAACUGGUGUUUGUGUUAUUUUAUACAUAUUUCUAUCCAAAUAUCUAUCCUUUCUGACGUGACAGAAUCCGGAAAUAUCAUUUUAUACGUUGUUUUUAAUGCAUAUUCAGGAAUUUAUCAUAUGUAUAUAUCUACAUCAUGUAUGAAAAUGAUGUUGGGAAAUGUAAAAUCUCUGCUGAGCAAUUAACCACAAAUAAUUCUUUAUUUUAAUUAUUUA